GCUGCUGCUGCUGCUGCUGCCACUGAACAGAUACCGCGGGGAGGGGUCUGACCGCACUCAGUGUCCCUGGAGCCUUGCUCUGGCUGGGGCCCUGGCUGGGAGUGAGAAGAGACUGAAGAGUGGGAGGUGAGCAGGUCUUAUCAAAAGCUGCAAAGCAAAACUCGAAAUCUAGGGAGCAAAAGGAAAGAAAAGGUGAGCUUGAGUCAAGAUCCCAAGCCAAGUGGACCUGGCGGAAAUGUCAUCUUUGGUAAAGGAGGACUUGCAGAAGAAACUGUUCAAGCCGCUCUCACAGAAUCUGUAUGAGUUUAUUGAAAUAGAGUUCUCCGUCCAGGACAGGUAUUACCUCUGUGUGUCAGUGACCAAAAGUAAAGAAGUAAAAAUAAUUAUGGUGAAACACUACAGAGUAGGUCUAGAUGAAAAAUAUGAAGUAACAAAAAAGUGGUCUUUGAACGAUCUGCAGAAGAUUGAUGGAAAGGAAGCAGAAACUGACAAUCCAUUUUUUGAUCUGCACUUCAAGAAAGUGUACUGUUUGGAAGCUUAUAGUUGUGCUUCUAAAUAUGCCUUUGCUCGAACUGUAAAUAAACUGAAUCAUGCAUAUCUUAAGAAGGACCUACAGAUUGUGAAUUUUGAUUCUACUUACAUUAAUGAUGAUUCCAUUUGGUCCUCCAACAACAAAGAUUGCUUGGUUCUUAUGAGAAUAUGUUUUUAUGCUUUCAAUCUUGUGUGCUUGUCCCUGUGUCCUCUGCCACUUUGAAGAUAUAUAUCAUGUCCUUCAUCGGUGUGCUAUGAAAAUGGAUCCCUAAGUAAAUACUGAUAAUCUUGAUUUUAUUUUCUCUCUACAGUAGUAACUAUUAUUUUUAUGAAAAUAAACUGACGCUUUGUGAAUUGCA